CCGGUACUGUCUGUGACAUACGUGCCACCAUGCAGCUGUCUGCCGCGCUGUGUCUGCUUGUGCUCGUCAAGGCUGCCCUGCCGGCUUUCAUUGAGCCGCGGGCCGCCCAGGAUGAUGUGUACAAGUUGCCGCCUGGUUUCCUGGUGGGUGCUGGCCUCUCAGCUACGCAGGCCGAGGGAGCAUGGAACACUCAUGGUAAAUCAGAAAGUGUGAUGGACCGCUUAGUGCACCAGUACAAAACUAUGUAUCCAACAACGAAUGAAGUGGCAGCAGACCACUACGGCCACUACAAGGAAGACCUCGCCCUUGCCAAACAGCUGAAGUUCACAUCCCACCGAUUCUCCAUAUCCUGGGCACGCAUCCUGCCAAAGGGAGACAGAAGUGUCAUCAACACAGAGGCCGUCGAGUUCUACCGCAACUACAUCGAUGAAGUCAAGAAGAAUGGCAUGGAACCUCUGGUGACUAUGUACCACUUUGAUCACCCAUACUCGGUCGAGGAACAAACUGGAGGAUGGACAUCUGACAAACUCGUCGACAUGUAUGUCGAUUACGCUGACUUCUUGUUCGAGACUUAUGGUGCCCAGGUGAAAUAUUGGAACCCAGUGAACGAAGGCAACAUGUACUGCAUCUAUUUGCCACCGGAACUCGGUGUCGCAAAUAUCACAGCCUACAGCCCAAACACGUUCUUCAAGUGUUUGCACAACACGAUCAUUGCUCAUGCAAGAGUGUACCGUCUGUACAAAGAAAAAUACUAUUCUCAGUAUAAAGGACAAGUGGGCUCGUCCGUGCUGAUCUGGCCGGCCUCUCCGCAAUCUGACAAGUACGAAGACACUUUGGCUGCAAAUCUGUUUAACGAAGUUUUCGCGGGAACGGCGAUCGACCCACUGAUUCACGGGGAGUACCCUGCUUCCACGCGCUACCUUGUAGACAAGAGAUCGAAGGAGCAGGGCCUCCCGGAGUCGAGACUUCCCCACUUUACCGCCGCCGAGAAAGAUCUUCUGAUUAAAGGAGGCCCAGCCACGGACUUUGUUGCACUGAACGUCUACAGUGGAUACAAAGUUGAAUAUUCGCAAGAUCCAAACGACCACGGCACUCUCGGCACUAUCCAAGAAAUGCUGGAGCCCGUUUUGGAUGACAUUGAGCACGUCAAGUUGAUUUCGGGAGGUCGGUUUGAUGAGGGCGCAGGAGAUGUCAUGAGGACUGCGGUGUUGUGGUCCUGGACCCGUCACCAUCUUCCUAUCGUCAUAACUGAGAACGGUUACGGUGACACUAAAAAACAUGGCAUCCAGGAUUAUAGCAGUCGAGGAGUGUAUCACAGUUCCAACAUCGGAGCUCUUGUCCGCACUGCAAAUGAAUUCAACAUUCCCAUCAUAUCCUACCACGCGUGGGCCCUACUGGAUGUGUACGAAUUUUCCGCGGGCUACACAGCCCGACCGUUUGGACUCAUCCACGUUGACUACAACAGUCCCACACUGAAGCGGACUCUGAAGGAGUCCUCCAAGUUUUUCAUCGAGUUGGGAGAAACUGGCAGAGUGCCGCAAAUAGUUUCCUCGUCGGCGUCAUCGCUGUCAUCGGCAGUGCUUCUCUUGUUACUCUCAUUCGUUGCGCGAAUGUGGCAGUAAUAUCCGCCGAGCUUGGCAAAUAAUCUCAGUGAUAUCGCUACUAUUAUUUAAUUACAUGAGUUCCUGUGGAGUCUGUGCUGGGAAAAACAGAACAGCUAGAGGGUACGGGAAAAUCGGACGCCUCGUUUUUAGACUGAAUUUCCAUGCUUUGAGAUUCACUUAUACUGUGACGCGAUCGUGUACGUACACCAGUAUUCAGAAGGGAAUAUUUCCGAGUGUAUACCUGGGACAGUUCAGUCUAAAUUAGGGGUGUGCGAUUUUCCCCGCCGCACCUGCUGUGGUCGACUCUUCCCUUCCCUGCACUGAACCCAAAUCGACGAAGCCGUGUUCAAGGGGUCAGCGCGUUUACUACUUUCUGUGAUUUUAGGGUACUUCCUCUGUUUCUCAGUAUCUAUUAUGCAAGAUGUCUUGUGGAUUUUUUCUUAGUCUGCUUAUGAAUGCUUGGGCUUUGUUGAUGUUGUGUAAAGUUAGAAAUAUGCGUGCUUGUAAUAAGUAUAAGUAAUAAAAGAGCAGUGUGUACCA